AAUAAAAAAGGCGUAGAAAUUUCGUGGGGAGAUAACAAGGAAACUGCAAAUAAAUCAAAGUAGUCACAGUUAAAAAGAGUCCCCACCUCUUCUUUUUCUUCUUCUUCUUCCCAUCUCAUCGCGCCAACAUGCUUAAACUGUACCGCACUUUGUCCAUAAUAUGCAUAACUGUCAGCUCAAGAAGUUUCCCUUUUCUUCUUCCCAUCCCAUCUCCAUGACUUUGAAUUCCCAUAUUACUCCUCUCAAUAUCUUUGUCCGCAAUAUAACUUGGUUUUUUUUCCCUCGAUUCCUUUUCCUGCCAUCCGAAUUAGUAUUUUAUGUCGGUUCUCUAUCUUAUUACCCUUUCAUACUCUUUAAAUACCACCAAACACUCCCAAUUCCCUUGAUCCUCAUUGUUCUCUUCUAUUUUAAAAAAAAUAUUUUCUCGGUUUUUUUUUGGCUUCAACGAUGGCGAGAGUGAAUGGUGAGAAGUUGAAGAGGCUAAGAGCAUGGGUUCAAAAUUAUGAGUGGGGAAGAAGCGGGGCGGAGGCAGAGGUGGCGAGGCUGUUGGCUUUGAAUACCGGGGCAGAGAUAGAGCCAAACAAGCCUUAUGCUGAGUUUUGGAUGGGAACCCAUGAAUCGGGGCCAAACGUUUUGGUUGAGGAGGAAGGAGAAGAAGAAGAAGAAGAAGAAGAAAAAGAGCAACAAGAUGUGGGAUUGAAAGAGUGGAUUGAGAAGAACCCAAAAGUGCUGGGUCAUAAGGUUUUGGAAAAAUGGGGCUCUGAUCUUCCUUUCUUGUUCAAGGUACUGUCAGUGGGGAAAGCACUGUCAAUACAGGCGCAUCCGGAUAAAGAAUUGGCCAAAGAAUUGCAUAAGAUGAAGCCCAAUCUGUACAAAGAUGCUAAUCACAAACCUGAGAUGGCUUUGGCUAUAACUGAGUUCAGGGCACUUUGUGGCUUCAUUACUCUCCAGGAGCUUAAGGAAGUGCUUGAAGAUGUUCCGGAGAUAGUAGAAUUGGUCGGCACUGCAUCGGCGAAGCAAGUCAUGGAUAUUGACGAGCGAGGUGGCGAUACUGCCGACAAAGCUAAAACUGCUCUGCGGUCGGUUUUUACGCAACUUAUGUCUGCAAGCAAGGAGAUGACCACGAAAGCUAUAUCCAAACUUAAAAGUCGGCUACUCCUACAAAGUCAGUUGAGGAGUCUGACGGAGAAAGAAGAGUUGGUGUUGCAGUUGGAAAAGCAAUACCCCGGAGACAUAGGUGUGUUAUCGGCUUUCUUCUUCAAUUACGUGAAACUUAAGCCAGGGGAAGCUUUGUAUCUGGCGGCCAAUGAGCCCCACGCUUAUUUAAGUGGCGACUGCGUUGAAUGCAUGGCAACCUCCGACAAUGUCGUCCGAGCUGGUCUCACUCCCAAGCAUCGUGAUAUCCAAACCCUCUGUUCUAUGCUCACCUAUAACCAGGGCUACCCUGAAAUCCUUUCGGGACUUGCAUUGAGUCCUUACAUAACAAGGUACCUCCCACCGUUUGAUGAGUUUGAGGUCGAUCGUUGCGUUCUUCCGAAAGGGUCGUCAGUGGUUUUCCCGGCCGUCCCGGGUCCUUCAAUCUUCCUCGCAUUUGUUGGGGAAGGAACAAUGAAAACUGGAUGUUGGGAAGGCAUUGUUACCGAAGGAGAUGUGGUGUUCGAACCAGCCAACACAGAGCUCGUCAUUACUGCGGCUACAUCUGAGCUGCAACUUUAUAGGGCGGGGAUCAACAGCAGGUUCUUUCAUGGUCUAUGAAUUUAUGAACACUGCCGGCGCCUACUGCCAUUAUCAUUCAGCAGCCUUAGUGAGUAAAAUAAAUUAUUUAUUUUCAUUUAUUUAUGCUUUCUUUUGCUGCCAUUUUAUGGUUAUAAUGUAAUUUUAGGACCUGCAUAUGUAUUCUGUUAAUAUAUAAAUAAAUAACUGAAAUCACUCCCAA